GGAAAGUUAAUGGAUUUGGGGUGAUUUCAAGCUAUAGUGGAAACCUGUUUUUGAUUACGCUGUCUUCAUUGACAUCAAAACGUUGCUUUUUGGCUGCUUCCCCAGGACGUAAAAAAUGUAAGUGACCUAACUGUCACCCAUCCCCUCCUUGUCCCUUUGGUGCUGCUGAAAUCCAAAAAAUUGCGUAUUUAGAAAAAGGACUUUUUAUCGCUAUUAUAGAUACCAUGAACGGGAAAACAUUGACAACAUUACCCAAAACAAUAAUGGAAAGAGUAUCAUCAACAAGAGCAAAAACAACAACAACAAUAAAAACAACAAGAACAACAGCCAAAACAGAACCACCAACAACAACAACAACAACAAUAUCAGAAGCAAAGGCAGAAAUAAUAAUACCAACAUCUCAAAGUGGGUUCACAACAAAACAAACUUUGAAGAAAACCGAGAAAAGGGGAGUAGAUGGCAGUUUAUCAAUGAGAUUGUUCACAUUAAUUGGACUUCCUUUCGCUAUACUACUUUCACUAUUUUCCUUCUUUUUUUGGUUAAGGAAAAUCUACAGGAAAACAAACAGGCUGAGUACUCCUGAAACAACCAAUCCUAUUGAAAUCAAGGAAAAUCAACAUCAUUACGCUGUACAAGAUUAAGUCACCCUGCCUGACGAUGCAACAACACCGACACCCCCACCAAUUUAUGAAAAUCCUCAAUUGGUAAAUCACUCUACUUCUCAAACACAGUCAGUUGGAACGAUUGAAGAAUAUCUUAAUCCAUAUCUUGAUGAUAAAUAUAUAAACAAAACGUUCGGUAAUUCGGUAUUUUAUGAUGAACCUGACGACGAUGAUACGGAAUAUGAACAUAAUUAUAUGUAUGUGUAUUGAGUCUUGUCAAAAAUUGUGUUGAUUUUUACAGAUAAAACAUUUAACGCAAAAUACGUCUAUAAGUUCGCUGUUUUUUGUAAGCCAAAAAGAGGUAGCUGUAAGUAGUGACCGGUUAAUUCCUGUUAUACAAUCUGCGGGAAUACACCCAUCUAUCAGAGUUAUUACAACUAGUAU